AUGGAAAAGAACCAGCCGGUUUUUGUCAAAGAUGCUGUCCUGAAAUUGCAAUUGUCUCUCCUCGAUGGCAUCCAAAGUGAAGACCAGCUGUUUGCAGCUGGAUCUUUGAUAUCAAGAGGUGACUAUGAAGAUGUUGUAACUGAAAGGUCCAUUACUAAUAUGUGUGGUUAUCCUUUGUGCCACAAUGCUUUGCCAACUGAUCGCCCUCGGAAGGGUAGAUAUCGAAUUUCGUUGAAGGAGCACAAGGUGUAUGACCUGCAUGAAACUUACAUGUUUUGUUCUUCCAGUUGUAUGGUUAACAGCAAAGCUUUUGCUGGGAGCUUGCAAGAUAAGAGAUGCUCAGUUUUAGACCCGGAGAAACUGAACAAUGUUCUUAGGUUGUUUGGGAAUUUGAAUAUGGAACCAAUGGAACAUUUUGGAAAGGAUGGACAAUUAGGUUUUUCUAGCUUGGAAAUCCAGGAUAAAACAGAAACUGGCACUGGGGAGGUGUCUUUGAAGCAGUGGGUUGGACCAUCUAAUGCAAUUGAGGGUUAUGUACCAAAAAAAAGAGAUAACAGCUCUAAGGGUUCUCAGAAAAAUACCAAAAAAGGAUCCAAAACUAUUUGUGGAAAGUUGAAUGGUGACAAAAGCUCAAUUAUCAGUGAGUUUGACUUCACGAGCACAAUAAUCACGCAAGAUGAGUACACUGUUUCAAAAUUAUCAUCAGGGCAAACAGACACAACUUGUGAUGGACAAAUAAUUCCAACAGCCAUAUUGGAGCAGCCAAAAAGGGUUGCCAAUAAAGUAGUCAGGAAAGAUGAUGAUAUACAAGACCUGUCUUCAUCCUUUAAGAGUAGUCUUAUUUUAAGUCUCUCAAAAAACAAAAAGGAAAUAGCCAAAUCAUCUGAAGAUGUUCUCAAACCCUCUCUCGAUCCUUCUAUUGAAAAGAAAGUUGUCCAAUGUAAUAUGGAACAGAAUGAUUUUGAAAGGAAAUCAAUACAACUCAAAGGAGAAACAAGUAUAGUUGCUGCUAACGGCGAUGCUUCCACUUCUAUUUUAGUUCCUGCCAAUGCUGAAGGGGAACUCCAAAUUGAAAAAACAAUUGGAUCUUUCCCGACAAAACCCAAAUCUUCUCUUAAAUCUGAUAGUAAAAAGAAGCUCAGUCGCUCUGUUACAUGGGCUGAUGAAAAAACCAACAGUUCUGGGAGUAAAGAUCUUUGUGCAGUUAAAGAAUUUGGAAACAUUAAAAAAGAAUCUGACAUGCCAGAUAAUAUAGAUGCUGCUGCGGAUGAAGAUAUGUUACGUUCUGCAUUAGCAGAAGCUUGUGCAAUUGCAUUGAGCCAAGCAUCAGAGGCUGUUGCCUCAGGAGACUUAGAUGCCAAUGAUGCCGUUUCUGAAGCUGGGAUCACUAUAUUGCCACAUCCUCCCAAUGCUGUUGAGGAAGGUACUAUGGAUGAUGAUGACAUUCUAGUUGAGGAAGGUACUAUGGACGAAGAUGACAUUCUAGAAGCAAAUUCAGUUACUCUGAAAUGGCCAAGGAAACCUGGAAUUUCCAAAUUUGAUUUGUUUGAUUCUGAAGACUCAUGGUUUGAUGCUCCACCAGAAGGUUUUAGUUUGACUUUGUCACCUUUUGCUACUAUGUGGAAUGCCUUCUUUUCGUGGAUAACAUCAUCUUCUUUGGCAUAUAUAUAUGGGAGGGAUGUAAGUUUCCACGAAGAGUUUCUAUCAGUUAAUGGGAGAGAAUAUCCUAGCAAAAUUGUCUUGACAGAUGGUCGAUCAUCUGAAAUAAAACAAACAUUAGCCAGUUGUCUUGCUCGAGCUUUACCUGCAGUUGCUGCUGAGCUCAGGCUGCCAAUACCAAUAUCUACAUUAGAACAAGCGGUGGUAUUCUUGCUGGAUACAAUGUCGUUUGUGGACGCACUUCCAGCAUUCAAAAUGAAACAAUGGCAAGUGGUUGUUCUCUUGUUAGUUGAUGCAUUGUCCGUUUGUAGAAUACCUACUCUUAUCUCAUACAUGACGGAUAGGAGGGACUUAUUUCUCAAGGUUCUGAGUGGUUCACAAAUAGGUAAAGAAGAGUAUGACGUUUUGAAGGAUCUCAUUAUACCACUUGGUCGAGCACCUCAUUUCUCUUCUCAAAGUGGAGCGUGA